AUAGCUUGUGUAUGUGGCUUUACGUCCGCGGGUCCUCAGUCCUGUGUACUAUGGAGCCAAGGCUGUUGAAAGUGAUCUUCGUAGCGACUUUGCUAUAUCACGGCGCUGCAGAAGAGCAGCUAGUGUUGCCAGAGGGAGAGGAACACAGUAUUCUCUGUACAGCACCCACUGAAGAACGUUAUCUGAUCAGAUGGAUUGCUAAUGGAGGACCAGCUGGAGAUGGAUUUGUUGUGGGAGAAGAAGAGAUAUUAGAUGAUGAAACGAAAGGAAAAAGAAUCACAUUUACAGCAACAGACGACAUCAACAAUACCAGUUUGAGAUGUGUUGUUUUUGAUACCGUUGAACCCAGCAACUCCUUUGAGCCUAUACAGCUCACAAUAAUCAUUCAAGGUCUUCUGUCAGCUCCUGAUGUGGAGUACACAAAUGGAGACAGGUCCAUACUGUUCAGCUGGAGUCCUCCGUUCUCUCACAAUAUCACUAAUGUGGAGCCAGACAUCUCCCACUAUCUAGUGACCAUUAUCAACACGGAGGACCAUCACUCUGUGCUCACUGUCAACACAACAGACACUGAGUACCUCCUCCAGUCACAAGACUGCCAGCUAUCUGACUAUCAAGUGGAGAUAGCAGCAGUCAAUGUUGUUGGUGUGGGAGACAAGUAUACCAGUCCUCGACUGACUCUGGAUGGCUGUGUGUUUGACAAGGAGACUGAAUCAACAAGUGACAGUGAAGAGAACCAUCGACUUGUAGUGAUUGGGACAGUCAGUACAGUGGCUCUCAUUGCGGUUUUUUAAACCCCCCCUCCAUCGCAGUCAACUUCCUUGUGGUUUUUGUCAGAAAAUGUAUUGUAGGGAAAACAUCUCUGAAAGUGUAUCAGCAAGAGGUGUGAGGAAUAACCAAUUCACUAUGGACCAUAACCCAGUGUAUGUGGUCCACAAACACCCCCAGUCUGUGUCUCUCACAGAACAACAACAACAACAAAACACGCAGCAGAGUCAGAGUUUGAUAUGGACCACAACCCUCUGUACAUGCUCCAUACCAGGCCUCAGCACAAGAACAAUCCCAGUGGAGACCAUGAAUAUGAAACUGUUCAGCCAUUACCUUGACAUCUGGUAAUGAACUAAGAAGUGAUGCGCAUGUAGUUUCGUCACCAACUUUGCUCUCUUCUUCCCAUUUGUCUCCAGUUACACAACAUAAUUAUUAUCCAGUGUAUCACCCAUUGAAAAUUUGUUUAUGCACAUAUAAGAGGGUACGAAGGUA